CGAUUGUGUAGUGUUGCAUUUGAAGUAACCAGUCAUGUUUGUACCGGCAGGUCUUGAGGGAGAUUUCCCAGGGGAAUGCACGUUGAUAAUGCCAGCCAUAUCUGUCGGAAAUGUUGGCCAGCUAGCAAUCGAUUUGAUUGUUUCCACAUUGGACAUGCCAAAAAUUGGGUACUUUUACACAGACUGUCUUGUGCCCAUGGUGGGAAAUAAUCCUUAUGCUACUAACAAAGAAAAUGGAAAAGAACUUAGUACAAAUGCUGAAGUGUAUGCAUUACCCUCAAGAAAGCUUGCAGUUCUCCAGAUCAGGUCACCUAUCAUUAGGAAAAAAUCCAGAACCUUUUGUCAACAGCUGAUUUCCUGGAUUAAACAAUUUGCCUUUGCCAGAGUGAUUCUACUCUCAAGCUGCCAUGCGUACUAUCGAGAUGACCAGCAGCUUUUUGGAACUCCAUUGCGCCACUUGGUCACACCAGCACUUCAGAAAUAUGUGGACAUUGUGUUGAAAGAAUUAGAGUGGAAGGAAUUGGAGAAAGUGUCUUCUUACCCUGGAGUAAACAGUGAAGAGCAAAAGAUUUCCAUUCCUGGCGGUGGUUUUACUAAGCAGCUGUACAGUGAGUGCUGUUCAGAAGAAAUACAGAUGGCUGUUGUGCUAAAGUUCUGCUCAGAAGGUGAUAACAUUCCUGAUGCAUUUGCCCUUCUCAACCACCUCAAUCAAUGGCUUCAGCUAGUGGUACCAUCUGAUGAAAAUUCUAAGAAAUGGAAGGUGCCAAGUUCCUGGAGAUUACUUUUUGGUAGUGGGCUUCCACCAGCGAUCUUUUGAACAGGCACUUAAAGGAAAACGCAUUUUAACAGUGUUUUGUGUUCAGCAUUGCUUUCAUUUGUGAUAUGUUUUUAUGUUACCUAAAAUGUCCUUUAGCAAUCCUCUUUUGCAACUAGUAGAUCUAGUAAAACAUUCUCUAGAAAAUGCUCUGUUAAAAUGGGGGGAAACCCGGGGCAUGAAUACUGGCCUUUAUAGGUCGAACUACCCAUUACCCCAGUAGGCCAGAGGCAGAACUUUUCUUCACUUUCUGCAAUAUUUUUAUUUUAUUGAAGGAUUUUCUGUAGUAAAAAUUGCUUACAAGAAUGUCUUGCAUUCAGGAGUCACAGCUUUUACAGACCAAGAAAGACUAUAGAAUCCCUGAGAGCCAGUCAUCAAUCAAUCAAUGCACUGCUACUUUAUAGUGCUGCUCCAUAUUUGACUGUUCUCUGCAAACAGUGCUUCUCUCUGACUGCACUGUGUUGAGGAAAACUUGCACAGUGCAGCCAGAGCACAACACUGUUUGAACAGCCGGAUGUGGAACAGUGCUGCAAAGUGAAAGUGCUAAGAGUUCCUGCAUGUCCCGUUCUUACUGCGGACAUGAUGCAUUUUCUGCGAUGACAUCUCAGAUCACAGCAUGUUCUGCUUGGGGCCCAACACAAAUGAGUCUGAGAAAGAGCUUAUUUUAAUUGGAUUCCAAGCAGCAAUCACUUUGUCUCCUCUUUUUGUUAAAAUAUGUCUCUGUAUGGGGAAAAAGUGUUUUUGUGUUUGAAAUGUGUACUAUUCAUCAGUGAAGCAAUUGGAGUUCUACUUCUCAAUUAACGUACAAACCUUAAAAGGACACUGAAGCCAAUUUUUUUUUCGUGAUUCAGAUAGAGCAUGUAAUUUUAAGCAACUUUAUAAUUUACUCCUAUUAUCAAUUUUUGAUCUUGCUAUCUUUAUUUGCAAAAGAAGGCAUCUAAGCUAAGGAGCCAGACAAUUUUUGGUUCAGACCGUGGACAGCACUUGUUUAUUGGUGGGUGAAUUUAUCCAUCAUUCAGCAAGAACAACCUAGGUUGUUAACCAAAAAUUGGCCGGCAUCUAAACUUACAUUCUUGCUUUUCAAAGGACAUGAAUCCCCACAACUUCCUUCCAAAUUUUCUUUUUUUUCUCAUGGUAUUGUUUGUUAAAGAGAUACCUAGGUAGUUAGCAUGCACAUGUCUAGACCACUACAUGGCAGGAAAAUGUGCUGCCAUCUAGUGCUUUUGCAAAACUGCUGCAGACAUCUCUGCUUUUCAACAAAGGAUACAUAGAGUGCAAAGAUAAUUUAAUAGAAAAAAGUUGUUUAAAAUUGCCUGCUCUAGCGUAAACGUGACAAAUUUGGAUUUCAUGUUGCAUGUGAUACCCAGUUGUACACAGAUAUACACUUCCUGUUAACUUCACAAUCUGUGAAUGUUGUUUAUGCAAAAAAUAUUUUUGAAAUGCUUAAAAUAGUGGUUACUUGUACAUAAGAUAUAUAUAUUAAGUGUUUUAUGGUCUUUUGAUGUAGCAAGCUUAUACGUGUGAUUAUAACCUGAUACUUUAAUUCUGCAGCAAAUACUUCUUGCCAGUGUAAACUAUAGUUUUUGAUUAAUGCACAAAAUGUUCUUUACCUAAUAAAGACUCAUGUAAGCAAA